AUGGCGCCUCGACUGCCUGGUAAAGUGGCCCUCGUGACCGGCGCCUCAUCAGGCAUGGGUCGAGCAAUUGCCCUGGCCGUGGCCGCCGACGGCGCAGCCGGCGUGGUCUGCUGUGACUUGAGACCUGAGGCCAAUCCGGCCGGCUUCGAAGCCGACCUAAACAUUCCCACGGCGGAGCUCAUCAUCCAGAGGGGCGGGAAAGCCUUGUUCAGAAAGGUGGACAUUUCGAAUCCCAAAGAACUCGAGGAGGCUUUUUUGGCCGGCGUCUCGGAAUUCGGCCGCAUCGACCUGGUAGUCAACUCGGCGGGCUACUGGGCGCCGUUCCGGCUUUUCGUCGACGAAGACGAGGAGCUGUGGAACAAGAUGGUGUCGAUCAACACGCUGGGCACGGCGACGUCGAACCGCCUGGCCAUCCGGCAGUUCUUGAAGCAAGAAUACGACCCGGCCUGGGGCUCGCGCGGCCGCAUCAUCAACAUCUCGUCGUGCGCCGGCGUCGUCGCCUUUCCCGGCGAAGUGGCUUACUCGGCCACCAAGGCGUCUAUCAACCACCUGACUAGGGCUGGAGCCAUCGACCACGCGAAGGAUGCCAUCAACAUCAACUGCAUUGCGCCCGGCGCCGUCGCCACCGGAAUGGCCCGCGCGAACUUCGAGAAUCAAGAUAUCAUCAAGCAUAUGAAGAAGGCGACGCCGUGGCCGCGCCUGGGUGUGGCUGACGAUAUUGCCGGCGUCGCUCUGUUUCUCGCCUCGAAAGAGUCGUCGUGGAUGACGGGCCAGGUGCUAAAUGUGGAUGGCGGAAUGACCUUGGGUGUGGCGCCUUGA